AUGACGCGGGAUGCUUUGCUUCAAUCGCCACCUCUAACCCGGCCUCCACCUCGCGAGAGGCGCAGGGUCGGCGAGGUAGCAGGCGGCGCCGCGGCUGAGUGUGCGGCGGUGUGCUGCUGCUGCCCAUGCAGCGUGAUGAAUUUGCUGAUACUGACGGUGUACAAGGUCCCGAAAGGGAUUUGCAGGAAGGCCUUGGCCCACAGGAAGAAUAAGCGGCGGUGCUUGGCGGCCCAGAAAAAGGCAUUGUUGCAGCCCAGGCCCAAUGGGCUCGCCGGCGGCGGGCUUUAUAGCGACGACGACGAAUUAUUCAGGAGAGCGAGCAGUUACAGCGACGUUGACGACGGGAAGGGGAGCGAGGAUGAAUCGGAUGCCGCUGAUUUGUUGGAGAAGGAGAUAUGGGACCGGUUUCACGGUGCCGGAUUUUGGAGGAGUGCUUCUCGGAUAGAUUCGUGA